AUGACGACCCCACUGCAAUCCAGAUGCGAAUUCCCAAGCUGCGAUAAAUUCGAAAACCUCCAAGCCUGCGAAUACUGUCAAUACGUCUUCUACUGUUCCCGCGAACACCGUCGUUCCCAUUUAUCCCAGCACAAAGAAACCUGCACAGAGCUAGCAACCGCUUGUUCACGAUACCGAGCCGAAUAUCGAAAACUCAAACGUUUCUCCGGGAAUAGAAAAUGUCCCAGUCAACCGUUCAAAAACGCCAUCGGCCGGUUCACGGAGUUCCACGAAACCCAGGAUUAUAGGAAUGCGAAAAGAACAGUGGUUGAGGUUUUACUCAAGGCCGGUACUAAAGAGGCUUUGGAGGCUUGUGUGGAACAUGGGCUGGAAAUGCAUCGGUUGUGUUGGAAUGGAGCUUCGGUUUGGUUGAGGAAUCAGACGCCGUUGUAUAUGAUCAUGCUUGGGCGGGAUCAAGAUGCAUACGACUUUAGCAAAUGGCUAUUCAUGGAUGAUGAGGAUAGGGAUAUAUAUUCGAAGGAUGCUAUUCAUUAUAGUCGUCGGGAUUUGGAAGAUUUGGUGCCGUUCAAUUUGGUGAACGGGACGCUAGAUUCGGAGAUUUGGGAGUCCGUUCAGGAUCCAUUCGAACCACUGGAUUUCAUCCGCAAGAAGAUUCCGAAUGAAUAUUAUUGUCUUAGCAUGAUUUUGAUCAAGAUCAUGUUAUUGCAGGAUAUGAAGGAUCUAGAGAACAUGCGAGUUCUGGAGAAGUUACCGGUAUUACAGAAGAACCAGGAGAUUUUUGAUUUGAUACAGGAUCAAAUCCCAUCAACGGAGGUGUUCAGACGAGAUACUGCGCUUAGAACUCUGGAUAAAGAGGAUUUCGACGAUCUAAGGGAUCUUUUAGAUCAACAUAUCAACCGACUGUUUGUGAUCAUUGGAGGAGAUAGGUUCCACUUUUGGACAGCGAUGUUGAAAAGAGGUGGACCGGAGUAUAGGCCGUCGGAUGAGGCCUGGUACAAGAUGUUUGAAAAGUUACCUGGAGCAUCACAAGUUAUCCAGAGUCGGUUGGAGAUGGCAAGGCAAGGAGAUCAGAGAUUGUUGAAGUUUUGCGACUGCAGUUAUCAGAAGUAUCAGAGGGGGGAAAUAUCUAAGGGUUUUGUUUCUUGUAAUGCGCAAAGGUGUUUCUUUGGGAGGAAGAUGGAGAGCUAUUGGAUUGGUUAG